GUUCGUUUAGUGGAAGGAAAGCUGGAAGAGAGUGCAUUAGAGAAGCUGGAGGAGGGUGAAGGGAAGCGGCUCCCUGUGGACUUGCACCUGGAUUGGGUGUUGGGGAAGAUGCCUAAAAAGAAGUUUGAGUGGACCAAGCGUCGUGCAGAGCCCCAGCCCCUGGACUUUCCCAACACGGUGAACACACUGGAGGCUCUGGAGCGUGUCCUGAGGCUGCCUUCGGUAGCCAGCAAGAGAUACUUGACAAACAAGGUGGAUCGAUCAGUGAGUGGCUUGGUUGCACAACAGCAGUGUGUGGGCCCUUUGCACACUCCUCUGGCAGAUGUUGCAGUCACUGCGGCCUCGUACUUCAGCAAGGUCAGUUGGUACAGCAGUCAUCUCUGCAAUUAA